AAAUGCAGUUGGAACUUAAAUGAAAAGAAAAACCUCAGUAAGGAUCUGAAAAACUAACUCAAUAUAAUUGAUUCAGUCACUCAGAGAGUUAAACUUACAGAAUUCUCUGCCAACAAUUUUGCAAGGAGAAAUGAAGGAACAAAAGAACUAUAGAAGAGAGUUUCAUCCAUUGUUGAGUAGAGAAAAGAGAGAAAAUGGUAUAUACAAUCAUGGAUUAUGUUCUUUUGAGAUGCAAUCAUUAACUUCCAUUUGUGAAACUCUCAUACCUUCUAUAACAUUGGAUCCAGUUCAAAUGAAAAAUAUGGAUAAGCCACCAAGCGAAAGUGUUCUCGAGUCAUUUUACCUAUCUCCGGGAUCUCAAAAACCAAUUCCAGAUGAGGUUGCAGAACUGAUGACGAAGAGGGGUUUGAUGCAUGGUUUUAUCAUGGUGAGGCUAGUCCUACUGAUGCUUUCAACAAGACUCGGAACACUACUGCUUUGCGGGUCUCUAUGUUUUAGCAAGGAGUUUCCAUUCGUCAAGAAGUUCAAAGAUAUUUCAUUGGAGAAAAGAGACAGGAUUUUGCAGAAUUGGUCAAGGUCGAAGUACAUCAUUUUAACUAGAGCUGCAUUUGCCAUGAUCAAAUCAUUUUGCUUCUACAUUUUCUUCACACGAAUUGAUGAGAAUUCAGAAAAUCCAGCAUGGGAAGCAAUUGGAUAUCGGCUAAACACGGAAAAAAUAUCAUCCAAGCAUAGAAUGGAGAGGCCUCUUCAGAGAGGAAUUAUAGAAACUCUGCAUGAAACUGACUUUACUCUCAUCAAAUCUUUGUCACAAAAAGGCCUUAAGGUCACUGAAGACGUGAAUCAAAAUGCUUACAAGAUUGAUUGCGAUGUUGUUAUUGUUGGUUCUGGUAGUGGUGGUGGAGUUGCAGCUGCAGUUCUAGCAAGUUCGGGUCAGAAAGUGAUCGUGAUAGAGAAAGGAAACUAUUUCACGCCAGAAGAGUAUUCAUGUCUAGAGGGUCCUUCCUUCAAUCAAUUAUAUGAGCAUGGUGCUUUCUUACUGACUCUUGAUGGGAAAAUGAUAAUUAUGGCAGGAUCAACAGUUGGUGGUGGAUCAGCUAUAAACUGGUCUGCUAGCAUCAGAACACCUACUUCAGUAUUAACAGAGUGGUUUUUGGAUUACAGGAUUCCUCUUUUUGGAAGUUCUGAUUAUCAAUCUGCCAUGGAUAUAGUUUGUAAAAGAAUCGGUGUCACCGAGAAUUCCUUGAAGGAAGGAUUUCAGAAUCAAGUUCUUCGUAAAGGGUGUGAGAAACUAGGCCUAAAAGUUGAUAAUGUUCCACGUAACUCGUCUGAGAAUCAUUAUUGUGGAUCUUGUUGCUAUGGUUGUAAAACAGGAGAUAAAAAAGGGACAGAUUCUACUUGGCUAGUUGAUGCAGUUAAUAGUGGUGCAGUGAUCUUAACUGGGUGUGAAGCAGAUAAGUUCAUAUUAGAAAAAAACAAUUCUGGAAGGUCUAGAAACAACAAAUGCUUGGGAGUUACGGCAGCAUCUUUGAACAAGCGCAUCACAAAGAAACUGCUAAUUCAUUCCAAGGUAACAGUUUCAGCAUGUGGGUCUCUCUUAACACCUCCUCUAAUGAUCAAAAGUGGAUUGAAGAACCCGAAUAUUGGGAGGAACUUAAGAUUACAUCCUGUUUUGUUUGCUUGGGGUUACUUCCCAGAAUCAAUGGCAGAGAUCGAAGGCAAAAAACACGAGGGAGGAAUUAUCACAUCACUGCAUAAGGUGAUGUCAGAGAAAUCCGAAGUUAAGGCAGUGAUAGAAACUCCUAUACAAGGUCCUGCUGGUCUCAGUGUAAUGUUUCCUUGGGUAUCUGGACGGGAUAUGAAGGAUAAAAUGGUGAAAUAUUCGAGGACUGCUCAUUUAUUUUCACUAGUUAGGGAUAAUGGGUCAGGAGAGGUGAAGGCGAAAGGAAGGAUCACGUAUAAACUAAGUUCACUGGAUAAAGAGAACCUCAAGGCUGGUCUGAGACAAGCUUUGAGAAUUUUAGUUGCUGCAGGAGCAGUUGAAGUUGGUACACAUCGAGAAGACGGGCAGAGUAUCAAGUGUAAAGGGAUCAAGGAGGGAGAAUUGGAAGAAUUCUUGGACACAGUUACUGCAGUAGGCGGGCCCUUGUCAGUAGGCGAACACUGGAGUUUGCACUGUUCUGCUCAUCAGAUGGGAAGUUGUAGAAUGGGGGCUACUGAAGCUAAAGGUGCCGUCGAUGAAAAUGGAGAGAGUUGGGAAGCCGAAGGAUUAUUUGUAUGUGAUGGAAGUGUACUUCCUACUGCAACUGGGGUUAAUCCCAUGAUUACCAUCCAAUCAACUGCUUACUGUUUGUCCAAGAAUAUUGUUGAGAGGAUGAACGGGAGGAAAUUAUCGGACCGAGAUGUUGCAUGGGAGUCGGUCUAGGUCUUAUAUGGAACAUUUUUAGUUAUAAUUCUCCAAGAAUUUACUUUUGCAGGUGUAAUAAGGUUCUAUAUAUUUUAAUACUCAAGGUAAAGGUAUUUGAAUUA